AAUCAAAAACAAAGGUGUCGAUUCAGGACAUUCUUGCUGGUACAAUACAAUAAGCGAAUCUGAGUGUUACUCAACUCUCUCUCUCUCUUGGUAUCUCUCGCUCUUUCUCUCCAUGUACAUAUCUAUAUAUACAUUUCCAAUAGUCCGUCCUCUAGUCCUGUACAGAUCUUCUAUGUCCCCUUGGACAGACAACACUCAUUCAUAAUAAUUCACUAAUCUUAAAUCUCCAAAAGAACCAAAACCCAUUUCUUAUUUUACUACUCAUCAGCCUUGUUUUAUCAGCUACUUCUUCUUUUUAACGUUUUCUUAAUUUGUGUGAUUAGUUAGAGACCCAAAAAGUUUGCAACUUUUUUGUGAAGAAUUCAAAUUUGUAUGUGGGGUUGGUGAGAAUUUGCAAGUUUUGAAUUUGCAUGAUAUGGGUGUUGUGUGAAAUUCCCAAAUUAGAUAUGGGUGUUGUGAAAGUUUCGAUCUUGAUUUGAGUUUCGGAUAUCGAAAUGGUGGGCAAUUUUGAUGUGAAGUGUUGGGUUGAUGGGCAUUUUAGCUUAGGGUUAUGAUCAUGAGUGGAUAACUUUGGGUCGUAAUUGUGUGAUUUGUGGUUUUGGCUUCCGAGUCUGUCUUGAAGAUAGUUAAGAUUGCUUGGGAAGUAUAGUUAAUUUGUGGAGACAAUAAUCUUGUUGGAUUGAAAUUUCGAUUCUUUUUUUUGGUUUGUUCUUUGAGUUUCACAAUUUGUGGAGAUGUCUGGUGGAACACCUACCGCAGGUGGAUACAUGAGGCAGAGACAUAGCCAAGGAUAUACCUCCAGCGGUGAUGACCUUGAGGAUGAUGCUUGUUCAAGGCCAUCAACUCCUUUGGCACCCCCAUUUCCAAAAAGUAGGACAUGGGUUGAAAUUGUGGAAAAUCUACUGUGGCUUGCUUCUGCGGUAUUUAUUGUUUACUAUGGUGAUCGGCACUCCAAUUUCGUUUACCUCCUUGUUCAUGAUGAUAGGAUUAAGAGAAUACCAUUAUACCUUGGGAUGUUGGGUGUCAGUUUAAACAUUAUUUUCUUCUUGUAUUCAAGCAUGUUAAUAUGGGGUUUUAGAAAGUCCAACGAGAAGUGGGAAAUAUCAAUUACGGCUGCUCUGCCUUUUAUUACAUUACUUGGGGUGAUCUCAUUUUGCUUGUUCUGUUUUGCUUUGUGGCCGAUCUGGAGUGUUUUGACCCUGCCUCUUGUGUUCACGCUGUUCAUGGCUUGCAUGGUUAUAUUGCCAUAUCUUCUGCUUGGAACAUUCAGACCACAAGCUGACACCCUACGUAUAGAUUAAAAGGUAGUGGUUAAGGCUGAAGCGAUAGUAUACCAUAUUAUACCAGAUAGAGAUGUUCGAUAGCUUUGCUGCAGGAUUGUAGAGAAGGUACUGGGUAAAACAGAAGCUAUAUCAUACCAGAUAGAGAUGUUUGAUAGCAUUGUUGCAGGAAUGUAGCUUGUUUUAUAACAAUUGACGCAUGAUAAGUGCAGAGUACAAAAUACUGAUAUAUUUCGACAAACCUGGUUCAGUUUUACUUUCAUAUCAUUGGAACAGUCGUUUGGCAAAAAGAAAAAUAUAUUGAAUUAGCAUAGACGCAGAUUUUUAACAGAGAACUGGUUAUGCAGUUGGUUUGUUCA